AUGGGGAGCACUGAAAACCUCACCUUCCAAGAUGGAAAGACUCAAGCAGCAGAGCAGAUUUCAGUCUCAAGCUCCUGGUGCGGUGCUGGGCCUGCGGCCUACGAUUUUCGCACCGAUACGAUAACGACUCCAACUUUGUCCAUGCUGAAGGCUAUUGCUCAAUCUACGUUGAUGGACGACGCUUACCAAGAGGAUCCGACGACGACUGAUUUUGAGAAGUUCGUGGCCAGCCUAACAGGCAAGGAAGAAGGUCUCUUGGUCAUGUCAGGAACGAUGGGAAAUCAGAUUGCCCUGCGCUCCCUGUUGACACAACCACCACACGCCAUUCUUUGCCAUCAUCAAUCACACAUCAUUAAGUCUGAGGCAGGUGGUUGCUCUUCUCUAUCGCAAGCGCACAUGCAGCCUUGUGUCCCGGUCAAUGGCCAGUACCUGACCCUUGAGGAUAUUAAACGAGAUGCGGACAUUCGCAAUAAUAUUCACAUCGCCCCGACUCGUGUCAUAUCACUGGAAAACACUCUCGCUGGUGUAAUCACUCCUCUUGAAGAGGUCCGUCGGAUAUCUGAGUUCGCUCGCGCUAACGAUAUCAAGAUGCACCUAGACGGAGCAAGAAUUUGGGAGGCCGUGGCUGCUGGGGCCGGCUCGCUAGUCGAUUAUUUGGAGUGCUUUGAUACGGCCCAGAUGUGCCUUUCCAAAGGCCUGGCUGCCCCUGUUGGAAGCAUCAUAGUGGGUCCAAAGAACACUUUAGAGCACUGCCGAUGGGUGAGAAAGAGUAUUGGUGGGGGCAUUCGACAGGCCGGGAUCAUCUCAUCGGCGGCCCGUGUGGCGGUCGAGGAGAACUUCGGGAAAGGACCUAAUGGCGAAGGUGGUCGACUGCGAGAGACACACAAGAAAGCCAAGUCUAUCGAAAAGAUGUGGGUUGGUCGCGGUGGUGCAACUAAUCGACCGGUCCAAACAAACAUGGUCUUGUUGGAUCUGGCUUACAGCCGUAUCACUGUUGACGAAAUGAUACGUGUGGGCAGAGAAGAAGGGAUUAAGUUAUUUGGUGGAAGGAUCGUUGUCCACUGCCAGAUUACCGAUGAAGCCAUCCUCCGACUGGAAAAGGUAUUUGAUCGCUUGUUAUCAUCCAAGGAGACGAGGGAAGAGGUAAUUGGAGGGAUUGAAUCGGUCUAUAGAUAA